GCACUACGUCACAGGUUUGUGUGUGUUGUUGAUCGAUAGUUAUUAUUAGCAUUUGACAGACACUAUCAAACACGGAAAAUGUCGGAGAAAGGGAACCCUCAGCUAUACCCGGACGGUGAUUACAAACAGCCUGACCAAGCCCCGCCAGGCUACACACAGGGACCCCCAGCCCCGGGUUACGGCCCACCACCCCCGGGUUAUCCCCAGCCCGGUGGUUACGGCUACCCCGCCGCCCCACCCCCGGGCUACGGAUAUGGGGCCGCUCCUCCUAUACAGGUGGUCAGCAGAGAUGCUGCGGCCCAUGUGUUGGUCCCACAGACAACGGGGCCGCCUCCCACGGACUACUCGACCCAGGCCUGGAUCGCAUGUCUCUGUUGCUUUUGGCCAACGGGCCUACUAGCCAUCAUGAAGGCGAACGAGUCCCGGAACGCGAGGGCGCGUGGAGAUAUGGUUGGGGCACAGAUGGCGUCGGACAGCGCCCGGACGUUUGUGAGGAUCAGCUGGGCGGCCGGGAUCCUCAGCAUCAUUGCCUCCGUCGUCUUUAUUGGAGUCUACGUGGGUAUUGUCCUGCCUAGCAUUAUGAACAAUCAUUACGACUAGACAAGUGAGGGAAUGGUGGAGAGAUGGAAGAGGGGGGUGGGGCGACGAUAAAUGAAAUGUGGCACAUAGGUUUGGGACCAGAAGUGGCCCUUUUAUUAUACAUUUAAGUUGAUUUUGUCUUAACUGUGCGGGCCAUAACGUACAUACAUCCUUACCAAUUAAAUGGCUUAUUUAUGCUAUUCGUUGUGUUGUCAACUAUCAGAUUGUGAUAAUUCCACUACUUAUUGGACAUGUUUAUUAACCAAUAAUCAUUUGAUGAAUGUGUCAUUAUCCGCAUAAAAGGAAGUGCAUUUUAGAGGGUGUAUGUUAGUUAGUUUAAUGAUAGUUUACUUUUAAGUUCUAGUCGUUUUUAGGCACACGACAGCGCAUAUGUUAUUUAAGUUCCGGUUGCGAUGAUAAAAAUAUCAUGUGUUUUUCGGUGAUUCAGAUGAGUCAGGCCUAGAUAAAAAGAUGAAGGCCUUAUCUCAACUUAUUUUAAGUUUAAAAAAAGACAGGCUAUAAUGUUUUACUCUUUUAAUAUCAAUAAUAAUAAUAACAGAAGAACAAUUUCAACAUUAAAACAUUUAUUAUGACAAUGGGCCAAAUGUUCGGAACUUGUUAAAGUCAUCGUUGCUUGUUAAAGUUAACAAUGCCUUUAAAGUCAUCGUUGCUUGUUAAAGUUAACAAUGCCUUUAAAGUCAUCGUUGCUUGUUAAAGUUAACAAUGCCUUUAAAGUCAUCGUUGCUUGUUAAAGUUAACAAUGCCUUUAAAGUCAUCGUUGCUUGUUAAAGAUAACAAUGCCUUUAAAGUCAUCGUUGCUUGUUAAAGUUAACAAUGCCUUUAAAGUCAUCGAUGCUUGUUAAAGUUAACAAUGCUCUAAAGUCAUCGUUGUUGACUUUUAAGUCUUAACUGCUCUGGAAGAUGCGUGGAUACACUUUUGAUCUGCUGUAUUUCUAACGAGAUGUUAGAAUACUGUUUCAGCUGUACUUGUUUAUAUUUAGAUAUGUAAGCACAUUAACGACUAAUUCACGUUUUAAAGUUAUACAUGGUGUCUUUUAUCGCGUUGUUAACUUUAACUUUCACGUUAAAAGUUUUAGACGAUUUCGUUUUUCACAUUGUUAACUUUAUUUCACGCUGAAUAGUUAUAGGCCAUGUUGUUUAUCAUGUUGUCAACUUUAACAAUGUUCUGAACAUUUCGUCCGCAUUGGUUUUAUCCAAAUUUUGAAACUUGGUCUUUACCAGGUUGUAUAUAUGUUUCUUUUAAUGACCUUCAUUGCCAAAAGUGAAAAUGCUGGUGGUGAGAUAUAAAUAUAUUAUGGUUAAAUUUAUGGUAUACAGAAAUCUUCAGUGUUUAGCUGAACUCUCAUUUCUUGUCAGAAAACAAAGGCAUUUUUGAAAGGUUGUAUUUCUUGAAGAAACUUAAUAAAGAAAUAAAUCAUUUUUUACCAUUUAAAAAAAUCAAUAUUCAUUUCAAAACAAUAAAACUUGCAUUGAAAUUGCCAAAUUUAAGGGAAUGUAAAAGUUCAAGUAAAUAUGUUUCUGUAAUACGCCCUUGGUUUUAUAUGAAUUAUCAUGUAUGUGAAAUAUAUAGAAGUUAACUUAUAUCACAUUACAUAUUACUUAACAACCCUGUUCGAUUGUAUUUUCUAUGACACAAUGUUUGUAUUCAUGAGGUAAUGAACCAAUUUUAUGUUGUUUUAUUUUUAAGUGGUUAUUUUUAAUGUUGAAUUUUAAUGUGUGAUUUUAUGGCAAAACCCAUUUACAAAGUAUUGUUAACCACGUUGUAAUCACAAACAUGUAGAUCUAAGGAGUGAUAUAGAUCUGAGAACUUUUAAUAUUGUUUGCAGUUCUAACUUUUCAUUUUAUAGUGUUACCAUGUUAGUUGUUGUAUUGUUGAAAAAUAAACGAGCAUUGUUAUCCUA